AUGACGUCUUACGUUGCGUAUUGUGGUCCGCCGAGCAGUCAAUAUGCAGUCAAGUCCCGACCGCCGCUUGCUACGUACCAACAACCCCAGGUCCGCGAUCCCGUGGACCAGGCUAUUGACAUGAUGGUGCGGGAGCUGGGUUUCCAAGAAGAAGACGCCAAAUGGGCGCUGAAAGUUACAGAUAGCGGGGAGGGGAUCAACGCGAAUGCUGCAGUCUCUCUACUUAUCAGAGAGCACCAGAAUUACCAACGCAACAACAAUGUCGUUUCUAUGCGAGCAUAUCGCAGCAACAGCCUCUUAUCUUCGGUCAUCGCCAGCCCAGAAUCCAUGAAUUCUGUCUGGAGAUGGGCCUGA